AUGCCCCACCUGUACUCGGCCGCCUGCCCGUCUCCCCCCCCCCCGUCGCAACUGUUCGCGUGUGCAGCGGCGGUCGCUGUGGGUGGGAGAGGGAGGACGGGAAGGGAUUGGCGGCCCAACCGACGCGCCAGCCAGCUCGCACCCCGCCCAUCUCCCAUACGCCACCCGCAUCUGCACGACCCGUCCCUGCCCCGCCUGCAUCUGCCGCGUCAGCAACUGCCGUUUCGUCCCGUACCCGCACUGUCCCUGCCCCUCCCCGUCCCUCCCUCGUCGCGCCUUCCCCCUCUACCGCGCCUGCCUAUGCCGUGUUGGGCGGUGGUGGGUGUGGAGGACAGUGGGGGCGGCGGCGGCGGGAAUGGCGGGAGUUGCGGGAGUGGCGGGGUUGGCGGCUCAUGUGGGGGGGUGGGGGAGGCGUGGGGGAAAGGGGUGCACGUUAUCCUGACCGUGAUUCUGCCCGUGAUUCUGCCUGUGAUCCUGCCCGUGUUGCUGCCCGUUCCCGUGCCAUACUGA